CCGCCCGAGAAUCAACGUCGAUGGGCGCUUCCACCGUCCAAGCAGUUCAGACACGUCCACGUUACAUGAAAAUCGUCACCGCUCAUGGCUGCACACACCACACGCACCUAACCUGUAAACAACCCGAGUCGUGAAGGCCACGUGGACGGCCUAGACAGCAUUCAAAAGGCUGACAACUCAGGCAUCCCUCCGCUUUCCCAGAUCUUCCCGUCCCAAGGAGCAUCCCGGACUCCCGUCUCAUCUCGUAUCAUGGCGAUCGCGGCUGUCGGUCAGAUAUGCUCGACGGCAUCGUUGUCGCACAACCUCGAGCAAUGCGUGAGGCUGGUCGCCAAGGCGGCCUCAGGUGGCGCAAAGGUCCUCUUCCUCCCUGAAGCCUCGGACUACAUCGCCUCGAGCCCCCAAGAGUCCCUCUCCCUCGCCCAGCCGCAGUCCAAGUCCCCGUUCGUGCUAGGUCUCCGGGAGGCAGCAAAGACCCACUCCCUUGCCGUCAGCGUCGGGAUCCACGUCCCCAUCCCCGAGGCCGCCCCGGACGCCUCGAAGUCUGUCUCGAAGCUCCUCAACCGCAGCCUCUGGAUCAACGCCGACGGCACCGUCAACCAGGCCGCGACCUACGACAAGCUUCACCUCUUCGACUUCGGCUCCCUCCGCGAGAGUGCAACCGUACAGGCCGGCACCUCGCUGACACGUCCGUUCCCCACCCCCGUCGGCCGCGUCGGCAGUCUCAUCUGCUUCGACCUCCGAUUCGCCGAGCCGGCCCUCGCGCUGACGCACCCGGGCCCGAGGAGCCCCUUCGUCGACCCCGCCGUCGGACCCGCCCAGGUCCUGCUGUACCCUUCCGCCUUCACCGUCCGGACGGGCCAGGCGCACUGGGAGACGCUCCUGCGGGCCCGCGCCAUCGAGACGCAGAGCUGGGUCAUCGCCGCGGCGCAGGUGGGCGCGCACAACCCGAAGCGGAGCAGUUACGGGCACAGCAUGGUUGUCGACCCCUGGGGCCGGGUGAGGCUUGAGCUCGGUGGCGUGGACGGUGAGGGCGGGGCGGAAGAGGGCGCCGAGGGGGCCGUUGGCUUCGUGGAUGUGGACCUGGACGAGUGGGCGAGGGUGAGGGAGGGCAUGCCGUUGGCCAGACGCACGUGACGAUGUGUACCCUGAAAUCUGAAUACCCCUGGAACAUGUGAUCUGUCACAUUUCCAACAGGCAGGGUCGGG